AAGACAGCUACUCGUUGAAAACGACAACAAAUAAGACGAAGACGACCCACUUGAUAAUGUCAGACUGGGUGAGUCUAGACACUUCUCGUGAUGGCUGAAUCUCCUGGAAAAUUUGUGAUUUUUGUUGUUCAAGAGUGACUGAUUGGCAGACCUGUGUGUUCUGUCUGUUGUGGAACUUUUCAUCAGUGAUUGUUUUAUGACAAAUUAUUUGUUACAUCUUUAGCUUUUUAAGAUCUGUUUUAAGGUCAGCUCUCAAAUUCUCCAUUUUGACAUAAGAGCAGUGUGGACAUUGAACAGUACCUGUUACUGCACCAUGUUUCAUAGAGGAGGCGAUGGCAAACCGAGAGGUAUUGGCUUCUCUGGCUUUGUUAUUGGAAGUAAAAAAUCGGAACCCCCUCCAACGGGGCCACCUGUCGGCCCUCCCAAAGGCAAGCAGAGUGGCACUGCCGGUCUGGGGAUGAUGGAGUCCAGCAGUAGAAGUGGCUUUAUGCCAGGACGGUCUCUGGGUUAUCACACCAACCUGGGGAAGAGAAGGGUCCGCAGUGAAGAACAGUAUUUUGAAGAUGAUGAUGAAGAUGGUGAAAAUCUGGAGUAUCAACCAGCUCCAGGAAGCCCAAGUUUUACACACGGCGAGGAUGGUAAUGUAAGCGAUGAAAGCGAUGACCCACUGGAUGCCUUCAUGGCAGGCAUUGAGAGUGAGGUAAAAGAGCAAGGCUCAAGUAAAACAAAAAAGAAUGAGAAGGAAGUAGAAAAAACCGAGAAAGGUGUGCGUGAUGACAUUGAAGGAGAGGAUGAUGAAGAGUCUUAUUACCGCUUCAUGGAGGAGAAUCCUACAGCAGGGCUUAACCCAGACGAGGAUGAUCUGGAGGUAGAGUACGAUGAGGAGGGCAAUGCCAUCAUCCCAGAGAAGAAUAAGAUAAUAGACCCACUACCUCCCAUAGACCACAGUGAAGUAGAAUACGAAAGUUUUGUUAAAAACUUUUACACAGAACAUGAAGAAAUAAAAAAUUUGACAAAAUCUCAAGUUGAUGAGCUUAGGAGGACAUUGGGCUUGCGAGUGUCUGGGAUUGAGCCAGCUAAGCCAGUAUCAAGUUUUGCUCACUUUGGUUUUGAUGACGCCUUGUUGACAGCAGUGAGGAAGUCCUCCUAUACUCAGCCCACACCUAUACAAGCCCAGGCUGUUCCCAUGGCCCUUGGAGGACGUGACAUCAUUGGCAUCGCAAAGACGGGCAGCGGGAAAACAGCAGCAUUCAUCUGGCCAAUGCUGGUUCACAUCAUGGACCAGAGGGAGUUAGAGGAAGGGGAGGGCCCCAUAGGGUUGAUAUUGGCCCCCACCAGGGAGCUCUCACAACAGAUUUACCAUGAGGCCAAGCGGUUUGGGAAGGUGUACAACAUCCAGGUGGUCUGUGCUUAUGGAGGAGGGAGUAUGUGGGAGCAGAGCAAAGCCUGUCAGGAAGGGGCGGAGAUCAUUGUGGCCACGCCUGGACGUCUGAUUGACUUGGUCAAGAAGAAGACAGUGAAUUUGAAGCGAGUCACGUUUGUGGUGUUUGACGAGGCAGACCGCAUGUUUGACAUGGGUUUUGAGCCUCAGGUCCGGUCUAUAGCCAACCAUGUACGACCAGACAGACAAACACUGUUGUUUAGUGCCACGUUUAGGAAGAGGGUAGAACGGCUUGCGCGAGAUAUUCUGACUGAUCCAAUCAGAAUAAUUCAGGGAGAACUGGGAGAGGCCAAUGAGGAUGUAACUCAGCAUGUGGAAGUGCUGCCGUCAUUCGGGCCAGCAAAAUGGACUUGGCUCAUCAAGAGACUUGUCUCCUUCACGUCAUAUGGGAGCGUUUUAAUUUUCGUGACGAGAAAAGCCAAUGCUGAGGAGCUGGCUACGAACUUAAGGGCUAGAGAUUUUCAAGUGGUGUUGUUACACGGGGACAUGGACCAGAUGGAGAGGAAUAAAGUCAUCACAUCGUUCAAGAAGAAAGAUGUCAGCAUUAUGGUGGCUACAGAUGUGGCAGCACGAGGUCUGGACAUUCCCUCCAUCAGGACUGUUGUCAACUAUGACGUGGCGCGAGACAUCGACACCCAUACUCACAGGGUAGGCCGAACAGGAAGGGCAGGUGAGAAGGGCACAGCGUACACAUUAAUAACAGAGAAAGAUAAAGAUUUUGCUGGUCACCUGGUGAGGAAUUUGGAAAGCUCCAAUCAGGAGGUGCCUAAGCCACUGCUGGAUAUCGCAUCGCAGAAUCCCUGGUUCAAAAAGUCACGCUUCAAGCAGGGUGCUGGGAAGAGGAUGAAUAUAGGCAAAGGCCUGGGCUACAAGGAGAGGCCUGGAUUAGGCUCAGAAUCUAGCACCUCAACGCAGGAGAGUAACAUCAGCCUGUUUAAGGCUCCGUCCUCCACGGCGGGGCCACAGAGUGAUCGUCUCUCAUCCAUGAAGCAAGCCUUCGCCGCUCAGUUUAAGUCUAAUUUCGUAGCUGCUGUAGAAAGUCCCAAACCCUCCACCCCGUUCACGUCACCUAGUGUUGGUGCGUCUGGGGAGAGUAAGAGACGAAAAAAAUCACGAUGGGAAUAGUAUUUGAGACUAAACAUGACAGAAAAAAAUGUGAAAUGAUUUCAUAGCUCUGGCACACUGUCUCAGUCGGGGAGUGAAGAAGAGCUGAAAAGCGAUGAUGGAAAGUUGGUGUGAUACGUGUGUCACUGUUACUGGCUGAAGAAUUCAGACUUACAUUCCCCGUGAGAGUGUGCGGAGUAGGUCAGACGAAGAAAGAACAAGGAUAUGCCACACAGCAGGUUGCACCAACCUAUGAACAGGACUUAUGAUCAGCAUGGAUCAAAGUAACUUUAGUCUUUUUCUGUGCUAAAUCUUGGAGCUCUCAGACUGUAAGGAAGCACCAAAGAUAUGUUAGAAAUACAGAGAACCUAUCGUUUGGAAAGGCUUUGAAAUGAAACAAGUCUAUUAAUUCUUAGAUUACGAAUUACUGUGAAAGAAUUACUGUGCUAAAUCUUGGAACUUAGCUUUCAUACUAUGAGAAAAACAUGGGACAUAUGUUAAGAAUACGGUGAAGCUACUGUUAGGCUUGGUUUUGAAACAAAAUGGAAGGCCAUUAAUUCUUAGAUUGCACAUUAAAGCCAUUUAACUCCUCGUGAAAGAAUUACUGUGCUAAAUCUUGGAACUUAGCUUUCAUACUAUGAGAAAAACAUGGGACAUAUGUUAAGAAUACAGUGAAGCUACUGUUAGGCUUGGUUUUGAAACAGAAUGGAAGGCCAUUCAUUCUUAGAUUACACGUUAAAGCCAUUUAACUUCUCAUGAAAGAAUUACUGUGCUAAAUCUUGGAACUUAGCUUUCAUACUAUGAGAAAAACAUGGGACAUAUGUUAAGAAUACAGUGAAGCUACUGUUAGCCUUGAUUUUGAAACAGAAUGGAAGGCCAUUCAUUCUUAGAUUACACGUUAAAGCCGUAUAAUCCUUUGUGAAAGAAUUACUGCAGAGCUGAAGUGCAGAAUUCUUAGUUUAUGUCACUAUCAUUGUGAUGAGAGGACAAAAAAGAGGUCAAGCAGAAGCUGAAUUUGACACUUUUAUAUAUGUGCUUCGUCAGAAUCGGAUCAAUUGUCAAAAAGUUGCUCUUCAAUAUAGGAGGUUACAAAAUCUGUGUCUACCAAACAAGAGUUUAUUCUAGACAUUGUAAUAUUAGGUACAGCUGAAGACUUCACUGUUAAACCAUCGUUUUUAAUCUUACUUUCUUCAAAUCUCUAAUCAAUCAAGUGAUAUUUAGUGCAUUUGAUACCGAAGAAUGAAGCUAUUGGGCGCUAUACAGUUAUUAAGGUUGACAUUGUAAUUGUCACAGUUUUAGACAUGCCAUGUUUUUUACGAAGAGAAAGUUCAUUGAGAAUUGAUUGGUUUUUGAACAAAAUAUUUUCUAGAAAUUUGUAGUCUGUAGGCUGCUAAUUUCAGAUUGUGCAUAGCUUUGCAAAAAGAAAAAAGUACAUUCAGACCCUUGUUUUAACUUCCUUUUUCCAGGUAACAGUCUUUAUUUUGUUGUUGAUUUAUUUAUUUGAUUGGUAUUUUAUGCUGUCAGAUUGCACAUUUUGUUUAAUGAUCAUAGAAAGAUGUUUUGAGGUUUAAUUGAGAGGCACAUGUGCACCAGUAUCAAACUGGCAAACGCAGGUUUCAGCACCAGAAGUGAUGUUUUAUGACAUUUAUUUGCAACUAAAAAGCAUUUCUUCAGGCGAAAUUUUUUAGGUCAUUUAACGUAUAUGUUGGAUGUUGCCGUUUGCAGUUAUAACCAUUGCCUUGAUACUUCAUUGGUAUGGAAAAUGUAUCAAAGUGAAAGUGAAAGCAUUUCUGUCUGUGAGUGAUUGUCAGUCUACCUGUAUCGUCAUCAAAGCCUUCCUGAAGCCAGGUGCACACUGUAAGGACUCAGCUGAGCUUCAAGCUAUUUGAGGCAGGUAACUCAACCAGAUUCUCAUUUCUUGUUUCAUUGCAAAUCAGCGGAGCAAUUGGCCAUCUUCUACAUCACAUCAUUAGCAAAAAGUCAAAUUGGCAAACAUUUAACACCAUAGUUAAAUUUCUCUGAAAUCUACCCAAUUGCUUGAGCCCUGUAAUCUUUUGUUGAGUAUGUCCUGCUACAGUUCAAGCAGUUUGUCUUAGGCUUUGGCUUUGUUUAUGUUGUCAGUGCCAGCCAUGCUGUCAUGUCACAUGAGGCUGUAGUGUUAUAUGAUUGGAUACAAACUUUUCCAGCUGAUCACUUUCCUCAGAACCUCCGCAGAUGGGGAGAUUUUGAGUGAGAAAUAUCCAUGUUGGAUAUUUUCCUCACUGCUUCUGGUUGCAAAAAUAUCAGGAAAAGGUGCACGUGAGAAAAAUAUUGUUACUGUAACUCAGCAAUGAUAACCAUGUAUUAGGUUACUUGUAUUUGCUGGAGACCAUAUCGUUAUGGUUUUUUCUACCCAAACACAAGCUCUAUUCACACAAGCAAUGAAACAUUGUACUGUACCAGUCAAAGUGAAACUGAAAGUGUUAGCCUUUCUUAGAUUCUUCUCAUGUUCAAGACAUGUCAUAUAAUGCAUGCAGAGCCUGUUCAGAACCCUGGUAGCAUUUUAGGGCAGAUUCCACCCAUAUGUACACAGAAUAAAUGUAUUGAAUAAAAUGAAUACACUUUAGUACUACCAGUUACCAAGACUGACCUGUAGUUUGUUCUAUAGCACUUAUUUAUAUUUUAUUGUUCACCAUAUUCAAGAAUAUUUCACUCGUACAAUGGCAGUUAGUUUGUUG